AUGGUUAAAGUUGAAGAGAUAACUGAAGACUAUGACGACGACCAUCAGUCUGAGGAUUCAAAUUUUACAACCGAUGACUCGGACUCUGAAGACGAUUUUGAGGAUGAAACAUGGAUUGAGAGGAUACGUGCGUUACGUGAUAUUGUACCUACCGAUACACGCGAAUCAAUAACAUAUAAUAUAUCGUCUAUUAUGAGUUUUGGAGUGAGAAGUGCUCGUUUCUUAGGAAAUGGCGCUUGGAUAUUGACCACCUCAGCUUUACUCGUAGUUUUUCCAUUAUUAAUUGAGAUAGGCAGAGAAAGCGCGAUCAAUCAAAUGGAAAGUGAACAAAUGUUAAAUCAAGGUGAUCCGUAUGGACAACCUGGACAACCCGGACAACCUUUACCACCAGGACAACAUCUACAACCAGGUCAGCAUCAAGCACAACCUCGAGGAGCUUUAAUACCACCAGGAUUUUAA